AUGAACACCACUUCGUCCCACGACACUUUUGUAUCCGCCUCCUCCCUCCAGUCCCCUUCCCCUUCCCCUCCCCUCCCCCUCUCGCUCGCCGUCCAGGACCGCCCAGCCCGUCCGCCGAGCCUUCACAUCCGCCUCCCCCACCCGCAAGCCCGCCCCUCCCCGCCACGCCGCGGCCCCGUCGGCGCCAUACCCAGCACCCUCCCCACGGCCGAGCUCUCCAACGCCAUCGUCGCCGGCUCCCUCGCCUCGGCCCGCCUCACGCCGAGCAACACGGACCCUCCGGUCCCCGAGGGCGCCGGCUCCGGAACCUCGUCCCAUCACAACACUGGCGGCGGCGGCAGACACCCGCACCACCACCACCACAAACAGCACAACGACUCGGAUUCCGAGCGCGAGAAGCGCUACCGCCGCAACCGCCUACGGCCCAAGAAGCACACCCACCACGAGGGCGCGCGCAAGCGCUGGCGCGACGCCAUCACCGAACCCCAGCGCCGCCGCUACGAGGCCGUGUGGGCCAGCAACAGAGGCAUGCUCGCCGAUCGCCUCGUCGACGUCCACGGCGCCCGCGUCAUCCCCUCCGACGAGGAGGCGUCCUCGUACGUCGUGGGUCCCGUCGUGCGCGAGAUCUGGGCCCGCAGCAGACUGCCCAACGACGAGCUCGAGGAGGUCUGGGACCUGGUGGACAGGGAGAAGAAGGGCGCGCUGGGCCGCAGGGAGUUUGUCGUGGGUAUGUGGCUGCUGGAUCAGAGGCUCAAGGGGAGAAAGAUUCCCUCGAGGGUGGGGGAUAGUGUCUGGGAUAGUGCGUGCGGCGUCGUGAUGAGGAGGAAGAAGUGA